AAAAAGAGGAUGAAAGAAAAGAUUCUGUGUUAUCUGGGCAGUUUUAUUUAUCUAAGCCAAAUACAUAGUUACACAAAUCGUCCAGGUCUACGGUUUCUGAAACCAUCUCACACUGUUUUUGUCUCGACGGUAGUCACUGCUCUACAGCCCUUGUAGGAGUAGAUAGCAAAUAGUAGGUACGGAGUAGUCGUCAAUAAAAAUCUAAGUCUGGACUAAGGGCGCAACCGGCUCAAAUCUAAUCCUUCUACGUAAAUCAAUCUUACUAGCAGUAAUUAAUGGAUUCAACUUGGAAAGAAUUCAAUACCUGUCAUCCCUUGUCCCGGGGUUCAUCGCUCUCCACUUUGGGGAUUUUGUGGCGGGGGGUUUGAGUUCCUGUACCAUAUUUCUAUCCUCAGAGCUGCCCAUCCGCGUGCUUCCUUUCUCCAUUCCUUUUUCUUUUCUCCAUUCCCUUACUUCCUCUCCUCUCCUCUCCACUCCUCUCCUUUGUUUCUUUCCCUACCUUCUCCUUCCUUCUCUAUAACACACACAAUGUCUGCUUCUGCCCUUCUAAGAAGCCGUGUUAGGCGGCCUUCCUACCUCAAGAAGCUCGCUAAGGCAGAGGAUCUCAUCGAAUUCUUCCCUCAUGGCUCUUACAUCGGCUGGUCCGGAUUUACGGGUGUUGGAUACCCCAAGAAAGUUCCAACGGCGCUAGCCGACCAUGUCGAGAAGAAUGGACUCGAGGGAAAGCUGCAGUACACCUUGUUUGUUGGUGCUUCAUCUGGAGCAGAGACCGAGAAUCGCUGGGCUAGACUGAACAUGAUCGAGCGUCGGAGCCCUCACCAGGUCGGCAAGGAGAUUGCCAAGGGCAUCAACUCCGGACAGAUCAAGUUCUUCGAUAAGCAUCUGAGCAUGUUCCCUUCAGAUCUGGUUUAUGGCUGGUACACACUGAACAAGCCUAAGAACAAGCUGGAUGUCGCCGUCAUUGAGGCAUCUGCCAUCACUGAGGAUGGUGGUAUCAUCCCUGGUGCUUCCGUUGGUGCUUCCCCGGAAUUGGUUCAGAUGGCCGACAAGGUUAUCAUUGAAGUGAACACCGCCAGUCCUUCAUUUGAGGGUCUCCACGAUAUCACCAUGUCUGAGCUUCCUCCAAGACGCAAGCCUUACCUCAUCCUUCAGCCCGAGGACCGCAUUGGAACGCCUCACAUUCCUGUUGACCCCGAGAAGGUUGUUGCCAUUGUUGAGUCGGAUUACCCCGACCAGACCCAGCCCAACGCCCCGGAGGACGCGACUUCGCAGGCCAUUGCGACCAACCUGAUUGAGUUCCUGAAGCACGAGGUCAACCAUGGCCGCCUGCCCCAGAACUUGUUGCCGAUUCAGUCUGGCAUUGGAAACAUUGCCAACGCUGUCAUCGGUGGCUUGAGCAAGGGUGGUGCUGAUUUCACCAACCUGAAGGUCUGGACAGAGGUUCUGCAGGAUUCUUUCCUGGACUUGUUCGAUAGCGGCAACCUGGACUUCGCCACAGCGACUUCGAUUCGUUUCUCUCCCGACGGAUUCAAGCGUUUCUACGAUAACUGGGAGCGCUAUGCCGGCAAGCUUCUCCUCCGCUCUCAGCAGGUGUCCAACUCCCCCGAGAUCAUCCGUCGCUUGGGCUGCAUCGGCAUGAACACUCCCGUUGAAGUCGAUAUUUAUGCUCAUGCCAACAGCACCUGUGUCAUGGGUUCCCGCAUGCUGAACGGUCUUGGUGGCUCCGCCGAUUUCCUCCGCAGCUCGAAGUACAGCAUCAUGCACACUCCUAGUACCCGCCCUAGCAAGGUUGAUCCCACCGGUGUCAGCUGUAUUGUGCCUUUCUGCACACACAUUGACCAGACUGAGCACGAUCUUGACGUCGUUGUUACUGAACAGGGUCUUGCCGACGUGCGUGGUCUGUCUCCUCGCGAGCGUGCUCGUGUCAUCAUCGACAAGUGCUCUCACCCCGACUACAAGCCCAUUCUCACGGAUUACCUCGACCGGGCUGAGUUCGAGUGCCUGAAGAAGGGUAUGGGCCACGAGCCUCACCUGCUCUUCCAGGCCUUCAAGAUGCACCAGAACCUGGCUGAGAAGGGAACCAUGAAGAUCAACGGCUGGGACUAA